AUGGUACUGACAUUGCAAAGAUUCGCCUUCAUAUUAUUUUUUCAGUUUGUAUUUAUUAUAGUCGAUAUAAUUAUAAACAAUUUUGUUUUUUUCUCUCAAGUAGAUUCUUCGACUCUUCUGAUUCUAUAUUUAGUUCAAGAUGCUUGUAUUGUCCUGGCUUUUGCUGCACUUUUGUUUACGUUUUUUGCAACAUAUAUUUUCCAAGCUGGUCUAAUAGAUCUAUUAUAUGAUCGUUUCCGAUUGACAAUUCUGGUUAAUAUGUUGUACCUGAUACUGAGUGUUAUUAUUCACAUCUGGAUCCUGAUGUACCAUUGGAAAAAUCCAAAAACCUAUAUGUGGACUAAGGCUUUUCUUGCAUUCUAUAUGAUUCAUAGAAUUCUGGCGCCGAUUUAUUACUAUUUGUACAAAAGAACUGCCCUCAGAAUGAGUGACCCCAGAUUCUAUGAAGACAUACACUGGAUUAAUGAACAACUUCGAACAAGGACAAGAUAUUAA